CGUACUUGUUGAGAUGCGCUUGCGCAGUAAUGUACUCAUAAUCGGUUGACUGACGAGCCAUUUAUCGGUCGACCGCUACAGUGGUCACACGGGUCAGCUAAAAUAACUAAAAUGGUGUAUUUGUUACGAUUGACAAUUUGCGUAGUGUUAUUAACAUGUGUAUAUGCUAAUUUCAAACCUUUCCGUGCCGCUUUGUAUUCUAGUUGGAUCACAUGUAAUCACACCAAAACAUUGGACCUCGACGUGAGCCAAAUACAAUUGUUCUUCUACGAUUUCCAGAACAAUUUCAACCUCAGCUCUACAAUCGAUGGAGCUGCUAGCAACUUCGCGUCUGUCUAUAAUUUAGACGUCACUAGACGCUUAAUUUUCUUUGUACCAGGCUACAAGUCCAAUAUAGGAAGGAAAACUGAGGAGCUGAUUAGGCAGACGUUCAAAGACGUGCCCAACAUAUAUUUAAUCAUUGUAGACCAUUCUCCUUACACAUCAGCCAAAGAUGGCAUGAUCAAAAGUUACGAAAGAUCAGUGGAAUAUGUGUAUUAUAUUGGAAGAGCAUUGGGCAACUUUUUGGCAGAUCUCCAUAGUAAUGGUUAUCCAUCGAAGAACAUUCAUUGUAUCGGACAUAGCUUGGGUAGUCAGAUGCUUGGGUAUGCAGGUACGACAUACCAGAAUAGGACCACAGAAAGUAUUUGGCGGAUAACAGCCAUAGAUCCCGCCGGGCCAUGUUUCUCUAACGGAUUUAUCGAAGAUCACGUCAGGUCUGGGGUAGCGGGAUAUGUUGAGGUGUACCAUUGCAACGCUGGAGGCUUGGGUUCCACUGCAGUUUUAGCUGACAUUGACUUCUUUAUGAACAGAAAGGGCAAGAAUCAGCCUCACUGCAGUGGUGGUAUCAUACCAGGUCUGGCGGAGUCUGAUGCGGCGAAGUGUAGCCACAAAGCUUGUAUUAAGUAUUGGGCAGCGACUGUUCAUCAUCCAGGCUGGUACUUGGCUUGGGCUUGUAAUUCUUAUGAGUCUUUCACGAGAGGAAGCUGUGCCGCGAACGAGGUGACUAUAGCAGGAUAUUCAAAUCCUGGUAAUGCUACGGGAGUGUUUUAUGUUUCGACUGAUGGCUACGGUGUAGAUUGAAUAAUGUAUUUAAAUAUUAUUUUCUGAUAUCGAUGUUGCCAUAUUAUGUACUAAUUCAUAUUGUAAAAAAGAAACGCUUUAUACUAAAAAUGAAAUAUCUUUCAGUGCCAAGUUACAGAGAUUUAAAUACAAUUUGUUUUUAAGAUCUUUUCAAUUUUAUGGUUUCAUAUUUCUUGAUUCUUACAAUAAAUAAUAUAUACGAGUAUAAUACUCGUAGUAAUACAGA